AUGGCACUGGACAGCGACAACUCAAGCCAAGACAUGUUCGGCUAUGAUCAGUACGAUCAUUUCGAGCAGGAGAUCGGCGGCGCCUCGGUGGUGCGUCGCAAUGCCCGGGAGCGCAACCGGGUCAAGCAGGUCAACAACGGCUUCAGCCAGCUCCGGCAGCACAUUCCCGUGGCUGUGAUCGCCGAUCUGAGCAACGGUCGGCGCGGCAUUGGUCCGGGGGCCAACAAGAAGCUGAGCAAGGUCAGCACUCUGCGCAUGGCCGUCGAGUACAUACGUCGGCUGCAAAAGGUCAUCGAUGAGAACGAUCACAAGCGGACUGAUCAACAGCAGCACCAUCAUCACCAUGUGCAGCAGCAACAUAUGCUCUUCCAGCAACAGAACUUGCAGCUGCAGCAGCAACAGCAACAGCAGCACUUGUACGCUCUCCAACAGCAACUUCAGCUCAGCUCUCCCACCGGCAGCGUCAGCUCCUGCAACAGUAGCAACAGCAGUUCCUCCUAUUACAAUGCAGCAUCGGCGACAGCGACAGCAACAGCAACAGCCAAUUUGGUGCAGCCAACGGCAGUCACAACGAAGCUGGAGUCUAGCUACGAGGACUACCGCAACAAUUCCUGCAGCUCUGGGACCGAGGACGAGGACAUCCUCGACUACAUCUCGCUCUGGCAGGAUGAUCUUUAA